CCCCGCGCGGGCAGCACCGCCCCCGCCGGUGCCCGGUACCGCGGCCCAGCAUGGCCCCGCCGCCGCUGCUCGCCGCCGCCUGCCUCGGCUGCACCGUGGCCAUGUUCGGGACCGGGCUGUCCGACCUGCGCCAGAUGUUGGCAACCAAGAGCGUGGAGAACAUCCAGUUCCUGCCUUUCCUCACCACCGACGUCAACAACCUCAGCUGGUUGGGCUACGGGUGCCUGAAGCAGGACUGGACCCUGAUCACUGUCAACACCAUCGGCGCAGCGCUGCAGACCCUCUACAUCCUGGUGUACCUCUACUACAGCCCUGCAAAGCGCAUGGUGCUGCUGCAGAGCCUGGUGCUGCUGGCGGUGCUGGCCACGGGCUACGGCUACUUCACGGUGGCGGUGGGGGACGCGCGGACGCGCCUGGCGCGCCUGGGGCUCUUCUGCAGCGCCUUCACCAUCAGCAUGUACCUGUCGCCGCUCGCAGACCUGGCCAGGGUGGUGCGGAGCAGGUCGACGCGCUGCCUGUCCUUCCCCCUCGCCGUCACCACGUGCCUGGCCUCCUCCAGCUGGACGCUCUACGGCCUCCAGCUCCAAGACCCCUACAUCACGGUCCCCAACGUGCCGGGGAUCGUCACCAGCAUCGUGAGGUUCUGGCUCUUCUGGCGGUACCGGGACAAGCCCCACAGACCCCUCCUCACCUGAGGGCCCCGACCAUGAAGGACACCCCCCCCAUCCCAGUCUGCUCCAGUACAGACCAUUUCGGUGCUGAGCGCCCCAGGAGGGCACCUCCUGCCCCUGCAGUUCACCCUCACCAGCAUCCCCCCAGCCCUUGGUCCCUCCAUGUCGGGUUGGGCUCAGCGAUGCCUUUGGGGUGCCAGGAGCACCCCCCCCGGCUCCCAUGGGACAGUUUUCCAUGCCCGGUGCCAGCUGGCGCUGCCGGGAAGCCCCACGUAGUCUCUUUUGUACCCAUUUAAGUGCCUUUUAAUAAAUCAGAGACUCUUCCCGGUG